AUGGUCGUUGGUCUCAAAUGCUUAGACGAAACCGCGGCCGGCCUCUGCCACCACAGUCGUUUCGGAAGCAUCGAAGAGAAGGUGGUUAGGGCGAAGUUUGUCAAGCAGACGCCGCCGCCGCCUCUUAGUAAUCGAUUGUUCGCUAUACCGGCGGCGCCUCCGCCGAACACUAUGUUCAACAGACCUACCGACCGACCGACUGGCCACAGUUGUCGUCAUCAUCAUCGUCGUCACGUCACACAGCUCGGCUCGGCUCGAACCGGUGGACGAACGAACAGCAGUGAUGAUGACGGCCGCCAAACGAACGAACAGGCGCGUGACGAUCCGUGA